UCCAGUGGCGGGUGCCACUGAGCUGGUGUCACCGGGCACCCGGCUGCAAUCGCCGUCCUCUCUCCAAGCCCCUGCUGCUUACGCCGGGGACGUACAGGCGUCUGGCGGGACAUGGCGAACUCGGGCUGCGAGGACCAGCAGGGCCAGGAAGAGGAGAGUUUUCUGUACUUCGCCUAUGGCAGCAACCUGCUGAGCGAGCGGAUCCAUCUCCGAAACCCCUCGGCCGCCUUCUGCUGUGUGGCCCGCCUGCAGGAUUUUAAGCUUGACUUUGGCAAUUCCCAAGGCAAAACAAGUGAAACUUGGCAUGGAGGUAUAGCCACCAUUUAUCAAAGUCCUGGCGAUGAAGUGUGGGGAGUAGUAUGGAAAAUGAACAAAAGCAAUUUAAGUUCUCUGGAUAAGCAAGAAGGGGUUAAUAGUGGAACAUAUGCCCCGAUAGAAAUUAAUGUUUACACUCAAGAAGGAAAACAAAUAACCUGUCGAAGUUAUCAGAUGAGAAAUUAUGAAAGCGCAGCGCCUUCACCCCAGUAUAAAAAGGUCGUUUGCAUGGGUGCAAAAGAGAAUGGCUUGCCACCGGAGUAUCAGAAGAAGUUAAAUGCGAUAGAACCAAAUGACUACAAAGGGAGCGUCUCAGAAGAAAUCGAAGACAUUAUCAAAAAAGGGGAAAAGAAAACUUGUUAGAACGUGAUAUAGACUAUACCUAUGGAUAUUUUCUCUAUGUGCCCAUUUAAUAUAUUUUUAACAUUUGGAACAGGGAUCUGGGAUAUCUCUCCGUUUAAUAUAUUUUCAACAGUGCUCUGAAGGGACAUCUCACUUGAGUGAUUCCUUGUUUUCAGACUAUAAAAAGGAACUGGGUUAGGACUGAGGCAGUUGCAGAGGGGACACGAAGUGCUGGAAUGCAUGAUACAUGGAUGUGGGGACUUCUUCUGUGAGCACUUUUCUGUGAAGUUAUUUUCUUGAGUUGAUCUGAAGGGUGUUCUUGCUGUGACAAAGGAUAGAUUUGCAACUUAAUGACAUUGCUGGUGAAUGGCUCUGCUCUGGAAUUUUUUUUCUUUUUUAUCAGCUUAAUACGAGCAAGCAAACUGCAGAGACAGUUGAAAAUGUUUUUUAAAUUUAAAAGCUGGCCUACUUUUCUUCGAGGAAUCCAUGUGCUUGUGGUCUAGCCUGGAUUCCCACUGAAGCAUUUCACGUCAUUUUGUUAGAGAGUCCGGUCGUCACACACAGUGGGUCUGCCCUGGGCCGUGUGCAGUCCGCUGCGGGAGGGUUACUGGGCAGACUGGACCGGGCAGCCCAGGACCGGCUCAGUUCCACCUCUGUCUCUAUCUGACCCUCUGCCUCGGCUUCCUCACCGGUAGAGUGGGGACAGCCAGACACCUCUGGCUUAGGAUUGUUUUGAGGAGUAAAUAUAUGUAAUGAGCUUAGAAUAGAACCUGGCAUAUCAUAAAUAUUAGCAAUCAUUAUUGUCCUUAUUGAAGAAUUAAGUUUGUUCAGGGCUGCCCUUGAAAUGGGAUUUUGAACUAGAGGAGGCAAGAUGAGGACAGAAUGUUUUCCGGAAGUUACAGUUUGAUUCUUGGCUCACCUGACAUUUAUUAACUGAAUAAACGGAGGAAAGAAGAAUCAUGAAUAAAGCAAUCCUGCUUAUCAAAAACUCUCCUCUGUCGGAAAUGCAGGGAGCUGGACCUCCAAACAGGCCACUGGGAUGCGAGUGAAUUAGCUUCAGAAGCAUAAAGUAAAGAUUUGGUUUGUUCUACUGGGGAAAAUGGCCAAAGGACUUUCCAGCGACAGCUACGAUUGUGUGGUGACACUGAGCCACAGACUGCAGGUCAGACCAUGAUUUACAGCUGUUAUACUUCACUAUUUUCAAGUAUACCCUCCAAUGUUCUAGUUUCCUCCAGGUCUUAACUGGUCCAAAGACAACCAAGUUUCUCAGUGACCUGGAACCCAGUUAUGGUGAUGCAGUGGACAAGGCUCAGUUUUGCUGUAGAAAUAAAAACCGAAUAUUACUCUAACACUCUAUCUCACCCAAAAUGGCAGCUUUCAUUAAAGAGUUUAGAAGACUAGCAAUAAAACCUUCAUGUCUGGCCUUUAAAAAAGAUCUUGUUAUCAUGAGGCGUAGUUUUUCCAGUCACUGUCAAGGAGAUACUACCAAAUGUUGUACAUAAGGGAUUUCCGUUUCUACCAGUGAUUUGGGCCCUGUAAACCACAAUACAAACUAGUCCAUGGAUAAACCAUAACGAUCAUUGUUUUUGAAAAGCAUUUCUGGGCUUGUAAGAAAAUAAGGAUAAUCUUCAAAGUGUACCAAUCCCUCUCCCACAAAAAAGAAAGAAGAUAAACUGAGCUUAAAAGAUAGCACUAGUAAACAAAUGACCCUUAUAUCCUUGGGUACAAAUGCCAAUAACAGCCCUGGAACUAGACUAACACCACUGCUGCCACAGGGAAACAACCCGAGAAUUCUCUGAAACGAGGACCCUUGAGAACUAAAAUGAUCUCCAGUUAGCCGUGUGGCUCCCAACAGAAGCAGAUGCAAACCCUCUGAAAUAAGCAAUCCUAGUUUAAGUCCUCAGGAUUUCCACUUAAAAAUUUUAAAGAUAAUAAGGAAAAUGGUACAUCAUGAGUGGGAACAUAAACAUGUAGAUCCCCAAGGUUUUGAGAUUGAAAUGAUCAAAAGCAAUAUAAAAUAAAUAUAUAUGGUGAUGUUGACUUCUGGGAAGGUUGAGUAAACAUACUCUUCCCUGUUCCUUCAGUUAAGUACCACUAAAAUCCAUGAACAUUCUAUAGAAAACAAACAGGAGACUGCAAGCUGGAGAGAGGACAGACUAGCCAGGGACCUCUGGACCAAGGCAUGGCAUGGUCCUGAAUUCCCCGGGUUUUCUUUUGCAUCACACAUCUCAGCCUUGUAGCUGGAGAAGCCAGCAACCCAAAAGCACCAAUGAGCAGAGACAGAAAAUAGCAAUACUAAAGGCUGCUCUAUCUAGGGAAAGGAGUAGAAAACAGGUCGUCUAGCAAGACAGACAACUUCUAGAGACUAAAUUCUCUACUUCAGCCAAACCACAGAGAAAAACUGUGUACAUCCCACCAUCACCACUUCUAGCCAGUCAAGGUCAGGAGGGGACCUAGACUUCUACCCUCACCAGGCUGUAUAACAAGUUUCCCUAACCUGGUCUUCUGCCACCACUACCAGAGUAGUGUUAAAAAAAGGCCUAGUAGGGAACCACCUCCUCUUCUCCCCAUAACAACUUUAAAACUGCUGGAAGUUCUAGCCAGUGAAAUAAGGCAAGAAAAGAAAGUGAAAGGCAUAGAUUGGAAAACAAUACAUUAAACAGUCCCUAUUUAUAGAUGAUAUGAUUGUCUACGUAGAAAAUCUCUAGGAAUCUACCAAAAGUAUCCCUAAGAAUUAAUAAGUGAGUUCAGUAAAGUCACGGCAUACAAGAUAAACACAGAAAAAUCAAUGAAUACAUGGACACUGUAAAAAAACAUAAUAGCGUUUACAACUGCCUUUCUUUAACUUUUUUGAGAUGAAAUUCACACAUGAAGCUAACCAUUUUAAAGUGAACAAUUCGGUGGCAUUUAAUACAUUCACAGUGUUGUCCACCAGCUCUGUCUACUUCCAAAGGUCUCAUCACCCCAAAGGAAAACCUAUAUCCAUUAAGCAGUUACUCCCAUUCCUCCCCUCAUUCCCCAGCAUCCACCAAUCUGCUUUCUGUUUCUGGAUUCAUCUAUUCUGGACAUUUCAUGUAAAAGGAAUCAUACAAUAUGUGACAUUUUGUGUCUGGCUUCUUUCACUUAGCACACUGUCCUUGAGGUUCACCAACAUUUAGCAUACAUCAGCACUUCAUUCUUUUUUAUGGCUGUAUCAUAUUCUAUUGUAUGAGUAUAUCACAAUUUAUCCAUCUAACCAUUGAUCACUCAUACAUUUGCUGGUGGGGAUGUAAAAUGGUACAGCUACUCUGGAAAACAGUUUGACAGUUUAAGAAACUAGACAUGCACCUACAAUAAUACCCAGCAGUUGGACGCCCAGGCAUUUAUCCUGUAGAAAUGAAAACUUAUGUUCAAAUAAACCUAUACAUGAAUGUCUGUAGCAGCUUUAUUCAUAAUAGCGCCAAACUGGAAAUAACCCGGAUGUCUUUUAAUUUGUGAAUGGUUAAGCAAUCUGUGGUAGUACUGUGAAAUACUAUUUACUCACCAAGAAAAAGGAAAGAACUAUUGAUAUGACCUGGAUGAAUCUCCAGAGAAUUAUGCUGAGUGAACAAAAACAACCCCCAAAUGUUACAUACCGUAUGCUUCCAUUUACAUAACAUUCUUGAAAUGACAAAUUAUAGAAAUGGAGAACAGAUCAGUAGUUGCCAGUGGUUAAAGAGGUGGUGAUACGGUAUAAAAAGCCAACAUGAGGGAUCUUUGUAGUGAUGGAAAUGUUCUAUAUCUUGACUGUAUCAACAGCAACAUCCUGGAUGUGAUAUUAUAAGAUGUUACCAUUGGGAGAAAUUAGGUUAAGGGUACAUGGAUCUCUCUGCAUUAUUUCUGAAAGCUGCAUGUGAAUUUAUAAUUAUCUCAAA